AUAACAGCAAGACGAACUGAACAACUGUAGCAGCGCUGCUGGGUCACCACCAAUACUACUAGUGCCACUACUACAACUAAAUCAGCUACUGCUACCACUAGCUAGCAACUAACUCACUGCAACUGCAAGGAUGCUCACAUAGAUGCUAGCCAUACCUGCGGUAGAGGAGCAGAGCUGAGGCGGACAGAAGUCUGAUCUUGAUCCAAAAUGGAAAGGGAGCACUAAGAAGAAGGGGGGGGGAAGACCCGAGGUUCAAACUGGGACCUGUGACUCGCAUGCGUUGUCAUGCGACACCACAGGCUAAAGGGCUGCUCCGCUUAAACAGUGCGGAUGUGAGGCUUUUUAUGCUGUGGGUGACAGAUUCCGGCAUGAUCAACUGAGUUUGAGGUGUAUAGCUGGUUGAAUGUGUCUGUGAGAGUACAGCACUUUUAACGGAUAUUAUCGCAGCAUAGCACAGCAAAGGGCCUUUCCCACUCACAAGACUUAAAACCUCACCAGCUGGCUGAUCAUAUGAUGUUAAUGUGAAGACCCUGGAGGGGGUAAGUCAUUUUUCACAGUUAGAUCCGUGCUUAUGAGAUUUUUAAUUUGUAGUUCUUUUAAGGUUUCUAUUAUUAGACACAGACACAUUUUAUAAGUCAUGUCACCUUUCGCUUUGCUCACUUUGGACUUCCUCUUUUUAAUUCAUCCUUCCUGAAAAGGUCUUUUUCAUACUUUUACUUCUCCUUUUAAUAUUUUGUGAAUGAUCCUUACGGGCCUGUGCUGCUCUGUGCAAACGCUCCAUUCAUUGUACACAACUACUGGCGCUCUCUCAACUGCCAUUUGAUUGUUCAACAUCUGGGUAAAAGUAGCCUGAUUUUAUGAAUGCAUUUAGAGAUCUCUGCAGUCAUCUGAGCAUUUCUUCUACCAUUUGUUUCAUCAACAGUGGUGCCAAAGAUAGCAUCACCCACAGGGGAUUAACCAGUUAUCAUGUUAAACACUACAUUUAAAGCAGAUUAUACGUCAGAGUGGACCACAUAAGUUGGAAUUUCCGUUUAUUAAACUCUUAUUCCCACUAAUUCAACUUACAGAUGACAUUCUGUGUUCAUUCUUAUGUACUGAAUCUGUUGCACCCUGACAGGAACUGAGUAGUUAGCACCCACACAGGAAAUGUGGUCACUGUCUUUCCCGGAUGUUGGUAGCUUGACAUGAACAGAGUUAUGUAGACAGUUAAGUACAAGUAUUGAAAUAAAAAAAAAGGGUUAGUUUUACAGAGCAAGGAAAAUUUGUCGUAAGAUAUUGGGUGUCACGUUGCAUCCCCAGAAUAAUCACAUGACGUUUUCUCCUUUUGGCGGCCUUUGCUUAUGUUGACGAGUCGCCGUUUAAAUUUGAACCCUUUGCUCGGACUCGGGGCGCAGCGUGGCGACACAACAAUAAACACUGGCUGCAGGCAGUUAAACUGCUCACCAGAAACAUCCCCUCCACCCAACCCUCUCCACCUUUCUAAAUCCACACCGUACACCUCUCUCUCUCUCUCUCUCUCUCUCUCUCUCUCUCUCUCGCACACGCUCACUUGCUCGGCUGAUUUACUGCGUCUGUGGUCAGGAAGUACAAACGGGCUUUUGUGACAUUUCACUAAAAGUCUUUUGCACUGAACACCUGCAGAGCCGCUGAGAAGUAAAAGACAAUUGACAAUUGAGGAUUGUAGGUUUAAAAAAAAAACCAAACCUUAUCCAGACUGGAUUAUGUUGACGUAGGAGCGGUGAGUGUUUUUGUGCCAUCAGGACAGUAAGCGAGUUUAGGCCAGUUUUGUUUUUGAAAGGAGUCGUGUGUCAUUUCAAAUGCUCUCCUCAGUAGUUUUCAAUGUACUAUUUCUCACAUGAAUAGAAAAAAAAAAUGUUGAGCCGAAAGUCAACCCAUAAAUAAUCUGUAUUAAUAGCCUUUUUGUAUCUCAGCAAAUCAGAUGCUCAGUCAGAUGUUCAUCCCGGAGGUUACCAACCCAAGAAGAAUCGGUUCAUCAGAAUCAUUUUGAAUGAGUUGUGACAGGAUCUUACGAAUGGGAGUGUUGUUAUCUUCGAACAUUAACACUUUGUUCAUCUCUCUUGUUACAGAUUUCUGGAUGGCGCGAUUGGCGGCCGCAGCGCGCUUUAGGAUUUUCCCUUCACGGGACCCCGCAGAAUAAUCGUUCUUCACGCGGCCCGAGCAGGAGAUUUUGUUGCAAGACGGCGCUUACUGCUGCAGCAUCUCUCGCCGCCCACCCACGGAAACACCCCCUCCCCCACACCACCUGACCACAGAACUGACUGAGACGCAAGCUAAUGGAGGAGGAAAACUUGUGCUCCUCUCCACCGGAUGUCACGGUAACGGCCGUUCAGCUGCCCCAACAAGCCCUGUGGACGUCCAUCGACCACCGGCGCACCAACGGGGGGGAAGAGGCCAUUGUGUGCGGCGCCAUAGAGGUACAGAUCGACUGGGCACAUGAGGCGGAUCAACUCUCCCUGGAGGCAGGACCGGGGACCCCCGAGGAGCCAGGACCAGGGACCGCUGAGGAGGCGGGACUAGAGACCCCUGAAGAGGCGGGUCCAGACACCCCUGAGGAGGCGGGACUAGAGACCCCCAAAGAGGCAGGACUAGAGACCCCUGAGGAGGCGGGUCCAGACACCCCUGAGGAGGCGGGACUAGAGACCCCCAAAGAGGCAGGACUAGAGACCCCUGAGGAGGUGGGACUAGAGACCCCUGAGGAGGCGGGACUAGAGACCCCUGAAGAGGGGGGACUAGAGGCACCUGAGGAGGCGGGACUAGAGACCCCUGAGGAGUUGGGACUAGAGACCCCCGAGCAUGCGGGACUAGAGACCCCUGAGGAGGCGGGACUAGAGACCCCUGAAGAGGCGGGACUAGAGACCCCUGAGGAGGUGGGACUAGAGACCCCUGAGGAGGGGGGACUAGAGGCCCCUGAGAAGGCAGGACUGGAGACCCCUGAGGAGGCGGGUCCAGACAGCCCUGAGGAGGCGGGACUAGAGACCCCCAAAGAGGCAGGACUAGAGACUCCUGAGGAGGUGGGACUAGAGACCCCUGAGGAUGCGGGACUAGAGACCCCUGAGGAGGCGGGACUAGAGACCCCCGAGGAUGCGGGACUAGAGACCCCUGAGGAGUUGGGACUAGAGACCCCCGAGGAGGCGGGACUAGAGACCCCUGAGGAGGCGGGACUAGAGACCCCCGAGGAUGCGGGACUAGAGACCCCUGAGGAGUUGGGACUAGAGACCCCCGAGGAGGCGGGACUAGAGACCCCUGAAGAGGCAGCGCAGUGGGAGCAGACCGUAUGGCAGUUAACCUGCACCGGUGCUCCGCUGUCCUUUGCAACAGUGCGAUGGGACGUGCCCGACCCCUCUGCAGCGACACCUUCGCUCGUGACUGACAUCGGCUCGGCCAAUGGGCCGAUCCCGGGAGGCGUGACGAGUCUAGACCGCACUUCCCCGUCGCCUCAGCGCUCUCAGGGCGUUAACGCUGAUCUGUUCAUACGGCAGGGCAGAGGGGAAGACGAUGGGUUUGAUUAUCUGGCUCUCGACUCAAAUCCAGAGCUCACAGGAAACGCCUCAGAGCCGUGUGGCACUGCAGAUGUGCAAGAGCCGCCGACACAGGAAAGGGAGGACCCCACACACAAACUGAUAGAAAGUAAUAACGGCGUUCCACUGAGGGCCGUCUUGGAAGAAGAGGAGGUGCCCUCGGCAAACUCGCGUCCUGUAACUGUGAACUCACUCCACCUUCUUGACGUGACCGCUGUGUCACAAGGUGAAGCGGACAGUUUUGUAGAUUUAAAACCACAAGAGGAACCGGGGCAGCCCUGCUGCGUUCUGCUGACCGGGCCGAGCGACUCGGAGGAAGAGCAAACUUCAGCGCGUGGUGUCGAGGACGAGGGAGAAGAGCAGGAGCGGAUAAACGUGUCCUGUACUGAAGAAAGUAAAGAGGCAAAGUUCGCCAUUUGUCUGAGUUAUGUGGAGUUUUCUGGGGAGUUGUCACAAACCGAGGAUGCCAGAGAAACCGUAAACUCGGAUAAGCCGACUGACAGACCGGACAUCGGGUCACAUGAAGAGCCCGGAAUGUGCGUGGAGGUAGAUCGGAAGGCAGACCCUGAACGGUCAGAGGCCGCGGACGGCGUCGAAGAGUCGUCGGCUCGGGCGGCCGGCCACAGCGAUAGGAGAGAGAACUCCCCGGAGGCGACAGCGCUCAUCGAAGGAUCGGAGGAGGGGGAGACGACGUUGCGGCGCGCAGAGCUCCCGCCGCAGGCUCGACAAGGCGCGUCCGAGCGGCUUGAGAUGGCCGAGGAGCCGAAGACAGGCGAGUCGCAAGCGACGCAGCACCUGUCCGCCGAGCCCGGGGUCGCGCGGGAGGCCGCAGACGAAGCGGGAGGCGGCGAGGAAGGCUCCGCGCAGCCUGUCGCCGCAAGAGAGGAGCGAGCUGAGCCCCCCGAGGGGGCGGCGCCUCUUAUGAACGGAGACGCGGUGAACGGAGAGAUGGCGCGCCGCCUCGCCGAGCGGCUGCGUGGGCUGGACGGGAUCCAACGCGCGGACGUGGUGAAGCACUUGGACAAAGACAAUGAUUUCAGUCGAGCCGUCGGGGAGGAAUACCUGAAACUAUUUGACUUCACCGGGCAAACUCUGGAUCACGGCCUGAGGUCUUUUCUGAAAGUGGUGGUCCUGAUAGGAGAGACCCAGGAGAGAGAGCGCGUGCUGCAGCAUUUCGCCUGCCGCUUCCAUCACUGCAACCCCGACUCCUUCACCUCCUCGGAGUCUGUGUUGGCCCUGACGUGUGCUCUGAUGCUUCUCAACACGGACUUGCACGGACAGAACGUGGGGAAAUCAAUGUCCUCUGCUAAAUUUGUGUCCAACCUUGACGGGAUGAACGAAGGAGAAAACUUCAGCAAGGAUCUCUUGAAGAGUCUCUACAACUCCAUCAAGAGUGAGCCGCUGCAGUGGGCUGUGGACGAGGAGGAGCUGAAGAGCUCCGUGCUGGUGGACGAGGACGCGGCGGAGGACGCGCCGCUGCGCUCCAAGUCCAACCCCUUCCAGGACGUCCCGCAUGACAAAACGGCUUCGGUGGUGAAACAGGGGUUCCUGCAGAGAAAGCUGCACGCCGACAUCGACGGCAAACGCACUCCGUGGGGAAAGCGAGGCUGGAAGACGUUCUAUGGAGUGGUGAGGGGAAUGGUCCUCUACUUACAGAAGGAUGACUACAGGAGGGACCAGCCGAUCGACGAGGAGGUGGUGAGCCUGCACCACUCUCUGGCCGAGCAGGCGGCCGACUACACCAAGAAGCCCCACGUCUUCCGUCUGCAGACAGCCGACUGGAGGGUUCUGCUCUUCCAGGCCUCAUCCAAACUGGAGAUGCAUUCGUGGAUCAGCCGCAUCAACCUGGUCUCGGCCCUCCACUCGUCGCCUCCGUUCCCCGCCGCCGUCGGCUCCCAGAGGAGAUUCUGCAGACCCAUCCUCCCCUCGUCGCAGUCUGGCCACACUCCCGAACGUCAGCUGCAGUCUUAUGCGGGAACGCUGAAGUCCUUCAAAGACGACUUGUCGUACCUGCAGGAAAACCUGCCAGAGGGCAAAAGAGCCAAAGCCAAGGAGCUGGAGGAGCAUCGCGUCAGAGCCGAGUACCUGCACCACGAGAUGUGCCGUUAUGAGAUCUACAUCCAGGGGCUGGAGGCGUGGAGGAGCGUGACCAAGGCGGUCGGCAGCGCGCCGAGCGUCGCGGACCUGAACCGGUUCGACAAAGCUGUGUGCGCGUUCUCCCCGGAGGAGGAGGAGGAGGAAGAUGAAGGCAGGCUGAAAAAGUCCCACUCCAGCCCGUCUCUGGAACUGGAGAUUGCUCCCCCCGCGUUGAUCAAAGUGAGACGCAACAUCUCGGAGAGACGGACUUAUCGCAAGACCAUCAUUCCCCGGUGGAAUAAAGAGGUCUGA